AUGUCAUCUUCGUUAUAUACAUUUUCUCCAGAAACACUAUCAGCAUUAACAAAGUUUAGAUUUCAAAGUGCCAAAGUGGAUAAAGUUCAAGCUGUUAUAUACACGAUUGACAAAAAGAGUCAUGAAAUCAAACAAGAAGAUGAAAUUAUAGAUUCCAUAGAAGAAUUGGUUGAGGAAUUACCCGACACCUCUCCUAGAUACGUCAUCCUAUCAUAUCCCUUCAAACUAGAUGAUGGGCGAUUGAAAACACCAUUAGUUAUGUUAUACUGGAUCCCACCAACAAGUGGACAAGAAAGUAGAAUGCUCUAUGCUGGUGCAGUUGAGCAAUUUAGAGAUAAAGCUGGAGUCUCAAAAUUGAUCAAACUUGAAGAAGAAGAGGACUUUGAUGAUUUGAAAGAACAAUUGAUUUAG